AAUAGGUAUCUAAUGACAACGUUACUUCCUAAACAAAAAAGAUAAGCGAAGCAGCAGCAGCAAAAAGAUGCCACGCUUCAGUUUUAGCUCGUAUGUCUCCAAAAAAGUGUUAAAUGGCGUUAGUUCUUUAAAUAAUACAGAUUUAGACCUGAGAGAUGUAUUGAAGAAGCAGGAAACCGAAGAAAGUCAACUUAUCCUUUCAAUUGCGUCAACUAGCAUUGACAAGCAACAGUCACUUUCGGAAACAUGCGAUUUCAAAGAUUUUGACGAGGUAUCAGCUGAUCCAGAAUAUAUGAAAUUUAAAGGGCUCGAUGAUAAGCAAAACCAUCAACUUUCUAUAGAACAAUCUGAACAUGCUGAAAGUGAAACAGAUAGCACCAUUUUUGGUCCGGAAUCAAGCUGUGCAGAUCCAGAUGAUAACAUUGAUGGGUUAUCGGAGCAACAUGCAUCUCCAUUCUUAUUCACUGGGUCUGAUCAUUCUAUAGAAUGUAACCAAUCGGCUGUAAAUCCUCCAAGUCAAACCGAAAAAGUAGAAACACGAAAUCCAGAAGAAGAAGAAAAGACACGCACACUUAAGAUGUAUAUUGUAGAUAAAACAGAAAGUCAAGAGUUAGUUCCUGCAACUCAAUCUACUGUUCCCAAUUUGAACGAGCUAACCAAGCAUGCUACGGCUCUAAUGUUUACCGAUGAGGACAAUUAUCUUCACCCAGUAAGAAAUACCAAAGAUGUCAACAACCUCAUUCCUGUUGCUAAAGGAGAAGCAAUAUCUCCUUUCCCAGACGAAGUAGAAGAUUCAUUAAAGCGCCUUCAGAAAAUACCAAUGUACCAAAUAACACAUUUUGCGCAUCUUGGAGACUACAUGCGUCAUCUUCAGGCAAAUGAAAGGAUAUGUGAUGUAUUGGUCUUCAUCGGCACAAACAAAUAUUCUGCUCAUCGCAUUUCUUUGGCAUGUUUCAGUGACUUUUUCGCCGAUAUGUUUUAUACAAGAGGCGAAAAACAACGUGUUCCACUUACAAUUAGACUAAAAGGUAUCAAACCAAGAGCAUUUGAACUUUUACUCAACUUCAUUUACACUGGAAUGUUGAAUGUCACACCAGAGGUCAUUGGUGAUUUGAUGACAAUGGCAAAAAAUCUCGGAAUCACAAUGAUCAAAAACCGUAUAAUUGAUUUUCUGGAAUGUCUACCAUUAGCUCAAGCACUGAGCAUCAUCAUAAAGCACAAAGUACUGUUUGGAAUGCUGUAUGAAAGAGCAGUCAAGGCUGUCUGUGACAAUUUCAUUACAUUCAGACAUGAAGAAGUAGUCCAAGAACUAGAUAUUGAAACAUUGAUAGUCAUUCUGAGCAGUGAUAAUCUUAAAAUUGACACGGAACUAGAAGUCUUUAGAACUGCAGUACGCUGGAUGGCAAACAACACAGAGGAGAGAAGGAAGGACCUUAUGAGGCUGAUGCAGUGUGUUCGAUUUGGUAACAUGACCCAAUUGGAGAUUUCACAGUGUAACGAGUUUACCGAUUUGUUGAAAGACAGCAAAUUGUGUAAACAAAUCUUACUGGAAGCCAACUGGAUCGUUACAGUAAAAAUGUUACAUAAAGAUGACCCAUUUCACCUUACUACCCAGAAACAACGUACACCAUUACAGAACUAGGAUUCAACACCAGGGAUAGAUAUAUAUAUAUAUAUAGAAUACAACAAAGUCACCUGAAAUAAUUUUAAAGCUAAUGGACGCCCAUAAACGUUAUAAGAUACACUUUUUUGAAGCAAUACCAAUGUUCAUUACCAAAUCAAAAAUCGACAAAAGAUCCGGAAAAUUAAACCCGAAGCAGCAUCCAUGCACUAUUGAACAAUGUUCUACAUAUUCGCAACAAUAAAAUUGUCAGAACCAUGCAAUAA